CCAAAGAUCAACGGCUGCCCAGGCCUGGUGUGUGUGUGUUGGGGGGGCAGUCAGCAGACGACGGUGCUCGGAUCGCAGACCACCAGAUUCAAGGACAUGGCCCUCGACAGGGUCCCGCGGAGGGUGGGGGUGGUGGGCUACGGCCGGCUUGGACAGUCCCUGGUCUCCCAUUUGCUGACUCAGGGACCAGAACUAGGCCUAGAACUUGUUUUUGUCUGGAAUCGCGACCCAGGACGAAUGACGGGGAGCGUACCCCCCUCCCUGCAGCUCCAGAACCUUGCUGCUCUUGGGGAGAGGCACCCUGACCUUGUGGUGGAAGUGGCCCAUCCCAAAAUAAUCCACGAAUCUGGGGCACAGAUCCUGCGCCACGCCAAUCUCCUGGUGGGGUCCCCGUCAGCACUCGCUAACCAGGCCACAGAACAGCAGCUCCUGGAGGCCUCGCACGAGUGGGACCAUGCUGUGUUCGUGGCCCGGGGGGCCCUGUGGGGUACUGAGGACAUCAGCCGACUGGAUGCAGCUGGAGGCCUCCAGAGCCUCCGUGUUACUAUGGCCACACAUCCUGAUGGCUUCCGGCUUGAGGGACCCCUGGCGGAAGCGCACAGCAGCGGGUCUCGCACUGUGCUGUAUGAAGGCCCUGUCCGUGGACUCUGCCCAUUUGCCCCCCGCAACUCCAACACCAUGGCGGCUGCUGCCUUGGCUGCCCCCAGCCUGGGCUUCGACCGUGUGAUCGGGGUGCUUGUGGCUGAUCUCAGCCUCACCGACAUGCAUGUGGUGGACGUGGAGCUGAGCGGACCCCCAGGCCCCACAGGACGGAGCUUUGCUGUGCACACCCACAGAGAGAACCCCGCCCAGCCAGGCGCUGUCACCGGCUCAGCCACUGUUACUGCCUUCUGGCGCAGCCUCCUGGGCUGCUGCCAGCUCCCCUCAAGGCCUGGGAUCCAUCUCUGCUGAGAAGCCUUCAGUAGAAGACAUCCUCCUCUCCUUUACCUCCCCACCACCACCGUCCUGCAGCUGCCCUGGCCUCAGUUUCCCCGGACCUCCCUCCUGUCUCAGUAAAGAUUGGAGGUUCUUACUGCACAGCCUGGUGUCUCUACUCC